GAGCUCGUAAUGAAUAGCCAUUCCUCGAGGGCGUAAGGCCAUGUUAGACUUACAUCAUGGCCGAGUCCCUGCUGGGAUGCAUCUUCUACCUAUGAAAGCAUAAGAAUUUUGACUAUGGUCACAGAUGGGAGCAACCAGCUCCGGCAGCCGCUCGAAAGUAGAACAUAGUGGGGCGUGCAUUUUUUUGUAAAUUCCAUGGAGAACACACAAAUCAUUUCAGGCAGGUCGGGAGUCCAGGCAUAUUUCCAGCCAGCGGCGGGCAGAUAUCAUUUACUCAUCAUGGAGGACGCCAAUGGCCUGUUCGACGAUCCGGAGGGGUACUACCCGCCCACGCCGCCUCCUCAGGUGACGUCGCAUGUCAUGAAGUCCGGCAAGACCAUCACGCUGCACACCGUCGGCCAGAGUGCUCUGGAUGCCCACCAUGUGUGGAACGGCAGCCGCGUCAUCUCAGACUACUUUGAGACGCACCUCGACGAGAUCCAGGGCCGCACCGUGCUCGAGCUCGGCGCCGGGGCGGGCCUGGCCAGCAUCUCGGCCGCCAUCCUGGGAGCAGCAAAGGUCGUCGUAACGGAUUUCCCCGACGCGGACCUCAUCGUGAACUUGAAGAAGAACAUCCUCGGGUGCGAGUUCAUCCCUGGGAUCACCCCGACCUCGUUCAAUGACGACGGCGGCGACGACAACGGGACAUCCAGCGCGGGACGAGUGAUCGACGUGGACGGCUUCGUCUGGGGUGCCAACCCGGACCACCUGCUUAAGCGGCUCCAGCCAGGCCAUGGUGACAAGUUCGACGUGCUCAUCCUGGCCGAUCUGCUGUUCAGACAUUCGGAGCACGGCAAGCUGGUCAAGACGGUCGAGGAGACCAUGAGCACCAAGCCAGGCAGCACGGCGUACGUGGUGUUUACAAGCUACCGGCCGUGGCUGCAGGAGCGCGACUUGGGAUUUUUCGACGUCGCGAGAGAGCGUGGCUUUGUGGUCGACAAGUUUCUCGAGGUCAAGAUGGACAAAGUCCUGUUCGAGGAGGACCCGGGCGAUGAGGAGGUGCGCAAAACGGUGACCGGAUGGACGCUGCGCUGGCCAGCGGACAAGUGCACUUAAAGGACCAGAGCAGUGGGUAUUGGCAAGGCCGACUGUCGUGACAAUCACUGCGAAGUGUCCUUUGGCACAAACGGGACACGAAGCUCAACAGGCUUCUCUAAGAGACCGUUGAGCAUAUCCUCGUCUCAUGGAAGAAG